AUGGCCAACAGAUCAUCGAUGGAGAGAAAGGGGAAGGCACUUUUGGAGCCUCAUCAUGUUGCUUCGCAAUUUCCUACUAGCAGCAGAAAUGGGACAAGUUUGCAGCCCCUUGAAGUGAAGAGGUAUCCUAAUCAAAUAUCGCUAAAUAAAGCCCCCCAAAAUCCAAACGCAAAUGCCAUGAAUUUUCCUUCUUCAGUCCUGCUAAAAAAGGCCUUAAGUUCAUUAACCGAACCACCAAAGUCCAAAAGUCCAGGUUCAUCUUCAACAGCUCACCAUGCCAAUCCUACAAGCACCAAUUAUGGCAACAAAAUCCAUACCUUAUCACCCUCUACAAUUCCAACGCAGGCAAACAAUAUCCAUUUGGGGUCUGUUCCAUAUCCGCUAGCACAACCAACUAACGAUGGCCAGGGCUUCAAUAGAUCACUCCCAAGAAACCGGCGGCUCCCGGUGGUUGGCACAAGUGGUAGUGCUGCCUCAGCGCUGCCGUAUUCCAGACCUGGAAUAUUGGGCACUAGUCCAGCAGGCAGCCAGGGGACCGUUGGACCAGUGAUCAUCACGGGACCAGUGCGUAGGAAUGUCCCACGUUUUCAUGACUCGGUACAGAGAGGAGCUGUGACUAAUCAAUAUAGGCAACAGCUGUUAGCGAAUGCAAGUAUGGAGCUCCGACGAAGGUUUCCAAAAGUACAGGUACGGGGACCAAUAAGAGACCAUGAUCAUGAGAAGCUGGCAUUGGCAACCGAAGAAGCCCAUCAAUGGCCUGUGAUAUAUGGCCAUCCUCUUCGGGAUUUUGAUGUAACCAAGGGGAUGUAUAAUGGCAGAGAAGAUGAUCAUUACUACCCCUUCCCAGCGCAUCUUAUCAACAUAGAUGAUUUCAGUUAA